GGAGUACAGCGCCUGCGCGGUGCAGCGCGGAGCUGCGCGUGCUCUGUGCGGCGGCAGGAGCGGGAGCCAUGGGGCUGGGACAGAACUCCGCCGUGCGGGGUGAAUGGAUUGCUGCAGUCUCCUUAGCUGCGGGAGCAGCUGCUGUUGGGUAUCUAGCUUACAAAAAAUUCCUCUCUAAAGACAAGUGCUGCAAAGCAAUGGUGAAUCCCCACAUCCAGAAGGAUAACCCCAAGGUAGUCCAUGCAUUUGAUAUGGAAGAUCUGGGAGAUAAGGCUGUGUACUGUCGUUGUUGGAGAUCCAAGAAGUUCCCGCUGUGUGAUGGGUCUCACACAAAGCACAACGAGGAAACUGGCGACAACGUUGGGCCUCUGAUCAUCAAGAGGAAGGAGGCAUAGAGUGGACAGUAGAAGCUACAAAAUGAAUGUCUGACAAAUCCUCUGCUCACUUGUAACUGGGGGGAAAACCCACAAAUUCUCUGUCUUGUCACUGAAGACUUUCCAGUGUAGUAUCUAUACAACAGGCUUUAGCAUGUGUAUUUUCUCUGGUGCUUGUCUUCUUGUUUUAAUCACUACAAUGCAUAAUUUACUAAGUAGUCAUGGUUUCAAUUUUUGUCCCCUAAAGUGUGUGUACUCUCUUAUUGAGUAUGAAACUGAAAUGACACACAGAAUGUACUUCAUUAGAAAAUGGAUAUUAAAUUAUUUUCAAAUAUGUGUGUACUACUCUGAGGCUAUUCAGUAGAAAAUGUGUUCAGAAGGUAGAUCCAGAAACUCUCCAGCAUUUUUGAAGUCACAGGUCUGGACAGAUAUUUAUAUAAAAGGCAGCAGCCUGGAAGAAAUCAUGGUGCCAAAAAGCAGUUUAACCUCUGAUGAUGCUACAUGUUCUAUAGGUGCCAUGUGUGACCUACUACAGCAGUGGCCUAUGCUACUGUCUGCCUUCUGUAAAAGAACAAAUUCAAAGCUGCUAUGAACAGACAAGAAUAAAGGCUUACAGCAAGAUGGGGCUAGAGAGCAACUUUACCUUUGCUUUUACAUCGGUGUUGAAACUCGACCCUACUACCCUGUGCUAUCACGAACACACUACCAGACUGCAGCCCCGUAUUUAGAAUAGGAUUAGGAAGGUGGUCUCUCUCAGAGCUUUCUUAAUGGACAAGUGAAAUGACAGGAAGCACUCAAAGCGUGAUGGGCAGGAGGUGGCAGGAUUGUCUGCUGCUAGAAAGCCUUAGUGUCCCUUGCAGUCUAGCGAUGAAGCUCAGUUCCCCAGACCACAGGACACUGCUGUGGAAGAGGCAAUGGCAGCAGAUUCCAGUAGCUGAAACAAAACCUGAACCACUCCCAUCAUUGCUGCCUGCUUCAUCAUUGCUCUGGCUGGUUCCGGAGGACUUUUCCCACUGUGGAGGGAGGAGGCACGCCUUUUUUACUAAGUGGCCUUAGGCUCUAUGUGUCUUAAGUAACUCCUGCCUCCCUGGGCUAACUGCUAGCAUGGUUCAGCUAAUUUUACCAAAAGAAAUUAUGUGGAUGAGGAAAGGCUUUGGUGACAGAAAAAAGGGGAAGGGAAGGAGGAGACAAGGAUAGCUCUUAACUCUUCAUUCCUAUUGCACUUUGACACAGUUGCAAACAUAGCUGUCGUGUUGAUUUCCUUAAAUUAAAUAGCUUUGACUUUUUCAGAUGCAAGUGUCUACAAAGCAAAACCCAGAGUGGGGUGACAGAGGGCAGUUUGGGAUACCCAGUCCUAGCACAGCUGCCAUCUGUAAGCUCUCAAGGUCCUAGCUCAGAGAGCGCUUCCAAGUUAGGAGAAAGGCCUUUCAAGAAACUGACAUUUUAACUUGGACCCUUAAGGGUUCUGCCAGAUUAUAGGGGCCAUUGAAGUUUUACUUAAUUUUUCUUUAAGAGUGUGAUUGGUCUGAGUGGUUAAGAGUGAAGACAUUUUUUUGUAUGUUCUCUGUGUGAGACAUGCAGAGGCUGAGUUCUUAGCUGACUGCUCUGAACUUUGGCAGAAGGCAUAAAAAGUGGCAGAGAGAUAGAGUUUGCAGGUGGAGUAUUAGAGUAGGGGCAACUGCUGCAUGUGAGAGACUUCUGCUUAUAGAAAGUCACAUUCAGAUACAUUUCUUACUAAUUGACUGUAAAGGUAUUUGACUUUUUUGUUGUUUUUUAUGUUGCUGAUGCAUAUAGGAAGUUGUUUUAACUUGACAUUAUCAAACAAAUGGCUUUUAUCCAGAACAACUGUUUGUUUGUUACUAGGCCAUGACACUGGAUAUUUCUGUAUUACUGUUAAAUACACAUUUGAGCUCAUCUUUAAUCUCGAGGGUGUAAUGUCUGUGUUAUCUCAUGGGUGUGCCAUUUCUGUUAGAGGAGUGUUAUACCAUGAGUAGCUCUCUGCUAUGCCAGUGCUGUUGUAAUCAUCAACCUGCAUCUGUGCUAGGUUGUCUUGAGACUUCUUUUUCUGCUAGCAGCAGAGCCUGGCUGCUUUGAAGGAAUGAAACUUCACUGAAAGCUGUAGUAAUGUUCUGAAAGAUGAAGUCAUGAAGUUUCAUAUGAGUCUCCAGAGUCAUAAUUGAUUUCCUGGAGUUUGCCGAUAAAACAUUUCCUGGAGUUUGGGCAUCAGAGUUCCAUGAGAAGUUUUUCUUCCUGGUAAGCAAAGAUGCAGGAGCAGACUCUUGUUGAAUUAUAUCUUUGGCAAGUUAUGUUUUGGACAAGUGUCACAUGUAAAUGUUGACCCAAAAUAGUUAUACCUUAUGUUGUUGUAUGUACAAUUUACUGUACCUGAAAGUUCCUGUUACUUGAGUUUUUAGAACAGGCUAAUGAGAGACUGGGAUUUGAGUAAACAAACUCCCCAUCAGUCUUCAUGAGCAUCAUGGAGAACACUUAAUUUGUUUUCUGUAGUAUCACAAUAGGUUAUCAUGUUCUGAUGGUUUGAGUGUUUGCCUGCUCCAGUGUUUUCUGAAGUCUCCAUUCUUUAGCGCUUUCCCUCAGUCUUUACAAUAUGAAAUUAAUUGGUUACAUCUUAGCCAUGUUCCUAACCAUAAAGAAAUUCUUUUGCAAAUGUGCAAUUUUUUUUACCUCACGUUGAAAUUCACCUGUGAAACUGUGGUACAGAUCCUUCCUGUUAAAGCAGUGAAGGAUUCCUAUCCCAAAGUAAAAAAAUAUUUUUGUUCUGCAUUGUUAAUUUUCAACUUGUGUUCGUGAGAGGAAGGUGAAUAAAUUAAAGUUCUGAUUCUCCA